AUGUUAACUUCAUUUGAAGAUUGUUUAUAUGGUGAAAACACAGCAUCAAGAUUUUGCAAUUAUGAUGCUGAUACUUUCCCUUUUGCUUUUAUUGAAGAAAUAGAAGAAUAUGAUGGAAUGCUGAUAGUAGAUCAAAUAUCUGAUUAAAACAGCACUAAUAGUGAUUAGCCAGAAAGUGAGCCUCAAUCAGCAUUCCGUAAUAAAAUUCCAACAUCUAUCAAAUAAAUUUAAAAGAAAAAAUAUAGAUUCCCUAGAGAAUCUAAAAACUAUUUCAAAAAUAUUGGGCCAAAGCUCAAGGAAUUCAUUAUUGAAAAUUUCUCUCACAUACCUCAAAUAAUGAAUCAACCUCUAAUCAAAGAGUUUCUAGAUAUCAAAAAUUAGAGGCAUAUCAAGUUGCAUAUUUAGCGACUUUGUGAAACAAGAGAGGGCUAAGCUAUUGCUAAGUCUUACUUCAAAAACUUUAGAUGGGCCAAGUCUCUUGUUAACGAUGAUCUCAGUAGCUAUUUUCGCCUCAAUAGCGAUUGGAAUAAUUGA